AUGGUCUUUAAACCGUUCACGCAUCUCGCGCGUCAGAACUUCACCAAAGCCUUCACCCAUGGCUACGCUCAAUCCGUAGUCGCCGCCUCCCAGUCUUCCUAUGCCUCCUCCACAACCUUCAACCAACUUGCGAAUCACCCGGCGAAGUUCUCGCGCACCACCCAGCUACAGAAUGUCUUCCAGAACCCGUCCGGCUCUGCCGCUCCGGGUGUGAAGGCCAGUCAGGCCAAUUCCGGGUCCGGGGAUCUUGGAUUGGCCGCAUACUACGCUGCCUGGCAGCAUGCCCAGCAGACUGGCGAUGAUAGCGAUUGGAGACAGUUCCAGUUCAAGAGGAGGAUUGGAUGGAAGCCGACGAUUGGCGACGAAACCGGGAAACCCAAGGAUGGCAGCGACUUGUCCGCUACUUCUCCGCACCUCACAAAGGCUUCCGUCAAUGUCGAUGUUAGUGCUAAGGUCGAGGAGGCUGUUGCCCGAGAAAUCGAGAUCCAGGAGGAGCAGGCCAAGGCGGAGGAAUCUAAAGAUGCGGCUCAUGCCGAAUCGACACAACAUGAGUCUGACCAGACUGCUCUGACCGAUUUGUCUUCCGACAAAUCCAGAGCCGCCUCGGAUCUCAUUGUGCAACUGGCAAGCGACAAGAAAUUUGCUGAAAUUCCCGCUGCUUUCGAAUCCGCGCUCAAGGACGGUCUUACGCCAUCCGUGGACGCCUACAAUGCCCUCUUGGUUGCCGCCAUUCAACUCCAUGUUGAUGUGUCCCAGGCCAUUCCGAAGGCGCUGGACGUCUAUUCUGACAUGCUUCGCCGCAAGAUUCUCCCUGAUGAAAAAACUUACCAGACUCUCGUGGAAAUUCUGGUUACCCGUGCAGACGACGUGAUCAAGGCCAGGGAAACUCUCGAGCAAGAAAGAGUCCGUUACGGAGGUAUGGAGGAACCGGGCAAGUUCAUGCUCCAUUCGAGCGAGCUGGAACGUGACGUUCUCGCCGAAGACCAUUCUCUUGCCAUUGCGGUGAAGCUGUUCAACACUUCGACCUCAAGACAUACUGAAUUGGUGUUCCCUCUUGACGUUUACCGCCGCCUCGUUACCGCCUGCGCCAAGGAGGGCCAGGUUGAGGAUAUGAUUCGAAUCUACGCCCACAUGGAAACGCAUAAAGUGGCACCCCACGCGGCCAUUUUCUCACCGAUGAUCGAUGCGUUUGCCGCCACCGGUGACCUGAAGAGUGCUGUUGAGUGUUACAAUGAAUACCGCAGCUUGGCGGUAUCAGACGAUAACGGAAUCUUCAGCGUCGUUCAACGCCAAGAUGGCGAGGUGUAUGCCGCACUUAUCAGGGCAUAUCUAUCCUGCGGUAAGGAGGACGGCGCUAACCGCUUCCUCGAAAAAAUCCGAGAAUCAUUCGACAGUGUGGAGAACUGUGAAACGCGCCGGCAGGCAAUGGAAGCGAUCAUUGUGGAGCAGGCACUUGUGCAGAAUGCUCUCAACAACUCCCAAUUCGGCAAGGCGCUGGAACUGGCCAGCACCAAGCUUCCCGAAGGCGCCCUAGAUCACGCCAUGACCCGAAUUUGCAUGACAACUGCCGAUGUGGGGGAUCUCAUGAUUGCUUCCGAGGCGUACGAUCGUUUAUCUUCCGAUGUGGCUGUCCGUCAGGGACCCGCCAUGGCCAUGCUGGCUCUUAACGUGCGCCAGGGCAACCUCGCUGCUGCACGCCCCUUCUGGAUCAUGCUAAGCACUGUGGGUCAGGCUACUUCGGAGAUGAUCCAGCCGACUGCCAUGUAUUGCGUUGCCUUACUCAAAAGCGGUCAGGUUGAAGAAGCCCUGACGGAGGCACGAAAUAUGUUUGCUCGCAUCCGCAGUUCUGCUCCUGCCAGCAACCAACUUCAUGCCCGUGAACAGAUUUCCGAAUCCCUCGAUCUCCUUGGCCGCGUCCUCAUGCAGUCCGCUGCCAUUAUCUCCCCCCAGGCUGCCAUGGCCCUCUUAUGGUCCAUGGUCGAGAAUGGCGGCCUCGUCUCUCCUAUUGCAGAGCAUGCUAUCGCCAGCCUUGGUCCUAUGGCCAUCUCACAGCUGAACGCCCGUGACCUUACUCUUGCCCUUCAGGUCCAAGCAGGCAUGUUGGCCAAUAACUCCAUGCUGUUUGACAUCGCCCAUCCCAUCCGCUUCGCCCACAUGCUCGACGUCGCUAUGUCAACGGCAUUGCCCAUGGACGCCUUCACCACUCGCGUCGUGGACCAGGCUGUUGGCAAGCUGUUCGAGAGCCGACCGGACAUGGUCAAGAGAUGGCAGGACUAUGUUGGGGCGACUGCCAAGUCCCCCUAUUUGACUCCCCGUCACAGUCCCUUGUCCGAGUCCACUCCCAUGAGCCCGUCGUCCAGCCAGGAUUCCUUCGACCCGUAUGCCUAUGCUACCGAUUUCCGGGGGUCGGCGAUCAUCGCUGAUGAGCUUGAGAACCCCAACGGUCGGUCCGAAGCUCAUCUCAAUGAAGCCCUGAUCCGGUUCAAGAACAUGCGCCGGAUUGGCAGACAUCCUCGCUACAUAACCUACGCAAAGCUCAUCACCGCUGCUGCCAAGAACAACCGUUCUGACCUCGUCCAUGAAAUCGUCAGCAUGGCCCGUCGCGAUGUUCCUCUCAUCCCUCAGUACAACGUUGUCAAGUAUGGUUGGGUCUCCAUCCUUGAUGCCAUGGUUGCCGCCUGCUUGACCCUCGGCGACCGAAGCCUUGGUGCCAAGUACCACCAGGAGCUAUUGGAUCUCGGUGCCGCCCCUUCUGCCAAUACCUUCGGUCUGUACAUCACUACCCUCAAGGAGUCGACCAAGACAUUCGAUGAAGCCACCGAGGCUCUGAAAAUCUUCCACCGUGCCAUUGCCGAGGGAGUGGAGCCUACUUCGUUCCUGUACAAUGCACUCAUCGGCAAGCUUGGCAAGGCCCGUCGUAUCGAUGACUGCCUUUUGUAUUUUGCGGAGAUGCGUGCCAAUGGUGUUCGCCCUACCAGUGUCACCUACGGAACCAUCGUCAACGCGCUGUGCCGUGUCAGUGAUGAGCGUUUCGCUGAGGAGAUGUUCGAAGAGAUGGAAUCCAUGCCCAACUACAAGCCCCGACCCGCUCCCUAUAACUCGAUGAUCCAGUACUUCCUCAACACCAAGAGGGAUCGCAGCAAGGUCCUUGCCUACUAUGAACGCAUGCAGGCACGGAACAUUCAGCCCACGAUGCACACAUAUAAGCUGCUCAUUGACGCAUAUGCAUCCUUGGAGCCGGUCGACAUGGAUGCUGCGGAGCGCAUCUUGAACAGCAUCAAGGCCUCCGGGCAACACCCCGAAGCGGUGCACUACGCAUCUCUGAUCCAUGCCAAGGGCUGUGUCUUGCACGAUAUGGAAGCUGCCCGUAAAGUCUUCGACUCCGUGGUGGCGAACCGCCACGUGCGUCUGCAGCCCUGCCUUUACCAGGCUCUCUUCGAAGCGAUGGUUGCCAAUCACCGUGUGGCAGAGACGACUGAGGUUCUCAAGGACAUGCCUGCCCGCAAUGUCGAAAUGACCGCUUACAUUGCUAACACUCUCAUCCACGGCUGGGCUGCUGAAGGCAAGAUCGAGAAUGCCAAGCGUAUAUAUGAUAGCAUUGGUAUUGAGAAGCGGGAACCCAGCACGUAUGAGGCCAUGACUCGUGCUUUCUUGGCAUCCGAGGACCGCGAGAGCGCAUCCCGCAUUGUGCAGGAGAUGCUGUCUCGUGGCUAUCCUACUGCUGUAGCCAGCAAGAUCUUGGAUCUCAUCGGCGGUGGUGCUCCAAUGGCUACCCUUUGA